AUGCCUAACUCCAAGCCAUCCAGUGUCAUACAUGUGGAGGAUGUAUUCCCCGAGAAAAGUCUGGAGGCUGCACCCAGUCUCGAGCACACGUAUAUGGAUAGUGGGUUGAGUCGCGAUGACGCAUAUUUCCUUGCCAAUUUUUCAAAUGAAAAGAGGAACAAGUGCAUUUGGAAGAUCGAUUGGCGUCUCUGUCCCAUGUUGGCGUUUCUCUACCUUGUCUGUUAUAUUGACAAGGCAAGUAUUGAGGUUCCUAGCAACAUUCUACUUGCCAAAUUUAAAAAGCCGUCUGUUUAUUUAUCGAUUUUGAUGCUUCUGUGGGGAAUCGUCGUGACCCUAACAGGGGUUGUGAAGAACUUUUCUGAACUAUGUGCGGUCCGCGUGCUCCUUGGUAUUUUCGAAUCCGGGUUCUUCCCAGGCGCCGUGUGGGUUAUUACCGAGUGGUAUCAGCCACAUGAAGUCCAAAGCAGGAUAGCAAUCUUCUACACUGCGAGCGCCCUGGCCGGUGCAUUCUCCGGGCUUCUAGCAUUUGGCCUAGCCAAAAUGCGCGGAAUCGGUGACUACAACGGCUGGAGAUGGAUUUUCAUCAUUGAAGGAGCUGCAACAGUACUCCUCGCAGUCUUCUGCUACUUCUGCCUAGCGGGCACCCCUAAGCUCUCCACUAGAUGGCUGGAUCCUGAAGAGGUCCGGUUUCUGGAGCUGCGCAGACAGGCCGUCCGAGGACGUAUUGUGGUAGACGAAAAUCCUAACAAAUUUGACUGGAAAGAGCUCUUCAAAGUCCUUACCGAUUGGCAUCUCUACCUGCAGGUCCUGUCCUCAACUUCUGGUCCAACACCGUGCCAAACUACGCUCUUCUCAAUGCCCCCUUACUUCGCCGGCGCGAUAUCCGCGUACGUCUUUAGUGUCAUUGCAGACAACCUGCGAUGGCGCAUGCCAAUCAUCAUUACUGGCCAGAUAUGCGUGAUUAUUGCGUUCUGCAUUCUAUUCUCUCUCGCCGAUAAUAUCAAGGAUAAUAUCCCAGCAUGCUAUUUUGCAGUCGUCCUUGCCUGCAUCGGUUUGUACCCGAUUAUCCCGGGGACCAACGCGUGGACAUCCAACAAUCUUGCGGGCGCGCGGAAACAGGCCAUGGGCAUUGCGUUUAUGAUUAGCAUUGGCAAUUGUGGUGGGCUCGUGGGAUCAUUUAUCUACCUUGAGCGUGAGGCGCCCAAGUAUCCCACUGGGUUUGGGAAUUCGUUUGCCUUUGCGGUGGCGGGCAUCGUGGCGAGUGUCGUUUUGGAAAUUCAGGUUCUGGUAUGUAAAUAA